AAAAUUAAAAAUUUUUUUUAAAUUAAUUAAAAAUAAAAUAAUGCAAUGCUUUUCCUUCUGGGACCUUUGGACCUUUGGGUUUAUCCUCUUUUUACCCCAUUUCUUGCUGCUGGCAGGUAUUGAGGCAGAUUUCUACUUUUUUUCUUGCUGUUUUCUGGGUGUCUGAGGCAAAAAACAUUGGUUUUAACUCUACGAAAAGGUGUUGCUUGGGAGUGUUACAGCAGUGGUCAAAACCUGAGUUAACACCAAAAAAAAUGAAGAAAGGGAGGGAAAAUGGUCAGCAUAGGCUGGGAAUUGGUGGUCAUUCCAAUCAGUGGCCAAGGUGUCCCAAAUGUGGGAGGAAGCAUGGGUCUGGGUAGUGUAAGAGGACACAUCAGGAGUGGAAGGGAUGGGCUUGCAGGAGAAAACUCAAAAUCAAAAUAAAAUAAAGCAAUAAAAUAAAAUAAUAAAAUUCAGUAGCAGCCUGCAGGAAAUCCAGACUCUCACCUCCUCCUAGUGAGAACAGGAGCUAGGCCACUCCUGACCACACGGGAUCUCCCUGACAUAGGAUCAAACAUAGGCCAAAUAUUGUGUCAAAAACAGCAGAAAAAGUCACACAGAGCAAAAGGCAUCUCAAGUCACUCCCAGCCCAUAUUUUGGAGAAGAAACACGAAAUGCCACCUGCCUCCUCAUCUGGUUACCUGCCUGUGGCCACACUGAUACAGCCCCUGACACACUUCAGCCUUAUCCUGAAAAACCUUAUUUAAAGGCUUUCCUAAAUUAUUUUUUAUUAAUUUCUGCAUGCUUUCACAGAUGUUUUACACAACCAUCAAACCCAUAGGUGUUUCUACACCUCCAGGCAUGCCACCUACUCCAGAUGUGCCAUCUCCUUCUGGCUGGAGGACACCCAUUCCCUCACCGUAUAUGUAUAUUAAAAAGGAAAAAAAAACAGAUAAAAGCCCUGGUCAAUACCAUUUCCUGCAACCGGAUGAAGGCAUGAGUAGAUAGCUCACAAGGCAAAAGGUUGUCCAAGGACACUGUCACUUUUGGGCUGGUCCUGUAACCUUCUGAGUGGCCAUGGCUGGAGAAAUUGUUUAUGCUGAUUUAAGGCAUCUUGGAGAUGGUUCUUCUCCUGCUGAGAAACGUUAUGCUCCUGACUCCUGUCCAUGGUGGCACGGGCUCCUCCUCAAAGCCGGGGGGCUGGGGCAAUUCAUCCUGCUGGUCCUGGUGGUGGUACUGAGUGUGCAGGUUUUUCAGGGCUCUCCGCAGCCAGUGGUGAUGAGAGUUCCCCAGCCAGGUGAAGAGAUCCAGGGAAGGAACCAGAAGGAGCAAUACAUGUUUUCAUCCCUGGUGCGGUAUUUCUGCAAGCCCCAAGUGGAGAGCCCCACAGCCUAUGCUGGCUGCAAGCUGUGUCCCCAGGACUGGCAGCUACAUGGGGAAGGAUGCUACUGGCUUUCUGAGGAAUUGGGAAACUGGACUCAAGGCACAAAAAGCUGCAAAAAUCAAGACUCUCAGCUGGUGGUACUCCAGGAAAAGAAAGAAAGGGAGCACAUCAAGGUUAUUACAGGCAAAAGCCCACCACCAGUGUGGAUUGGAGUAAGGUCGCAUCAAAAGGAGUGGAGAUGGGUGGAUGACACACCCUUCAACCCCAAAAUGUUUGGCACCUCCCUGGAGGAGAUGGGUGAAGGGUGCGGGACACUAAAAGCCAAGGGCUUUGAGGUUCAUAGAUGCGAUGCGAAACACAAGUGGGUUUGCAAAAAAAACCCCUUCCAGCUCUAUCCAAUAACAGCAGGAGGCGAGGAGAAACACAAUGCCUCCAUCUGACACAUGCCCACCCCAAAAUGCCCAUCCCAUGAGAUGAUGGGGUGGAAUCAGCCCCAUUCUCAUCAUUAUGUCUUUGCAGGAGAUUUCAGGCUUUGCAAAUCCACUUCCCACAAGGAUCAAGACCAGCUUGGGAGGCACAGAUGAGCCCCUGAAUGGGAAAUCAGAAAAGCCUGUGCCUCAUGCACAGUGAUGAUAGAGGAUAGAGCUACAACAUCAAUAAAAGCUUAUUAAAGUGGUUUGCCUCAAUUUACUGAGAUAACUCAGGUGAGAGCACAGGUGGCACAUCAUGGUUCACAUAUAAACAAGGGAAAUUUCAACUCAAAAAAGCUUUCCUGAGUGACAGAACUUACAUGUGUGCGUCUCUCCAAGCACCGCUGAGAGUGUCAGCACAUAGACUGAUGCAGACAGCCGGGUUUUGCUCGAGUUUUGGGGAUUUGGAGGGUUUGGUUUGUCUUUUGCACUUUUUUUUUUUGUUUGGGAUUAUUUGUUGCGAUUGUUUCGGAGUAGUUUUUUUGGUUUGGCUUUUUUUUGUGUGCUUGCUUUUUGAUUUUUUGGGGGGAGGCAGGUUGGGUUUUUAUUUGGUUGAUUGGUUUUGUUGUUAUUACUAAAUUCCCUCCCCGCCAUUUUUUGACCUCCUUGUCAAGCAGAGAAACCUAUUCAUUGAUAUUAAUUCAACCCAAAUGCAUAGCUUAUGCGUUUGAGUGACUUCUAGAUAAAGUCUGCUUUCCAAAUAACAGAAAUUAUCAAUAGGAAUUGCUGCUGCAGUGCUCCAGCAGCAAUGGCCAUCCAGCUUGUCUGGGCAGAAAGUCUCAUGAAAAUACAAAUUCUUAUGUGUUGGUGAUAGGUUCCCAUGUAGGGAUUUAUCAAA